CUGAGGAGGGAUACUGACGCGGAAGUGCUGCUGCUGGGUCUGCAGGCGAGAUGCCUACCACGAGGGGGAAACCGAAGCAUCGCCCCUUCUGCCUCAGCGUGAAAGGCCACGUGAAGAUGCUGCGGCUGGAUAUUAUCAACUCAGUGGUAACAGCAGUAUUCAUGAUAGUUAUAUCUGUGUUGGCACUGAUUCCAGAAACCACAACAUAUAUACUCCUUGGAGGGGUGUUUGGACUCGUGGCCUCGGUGUUCUGUAUUGCCGAUGGAGCCCUUAUUUACCGGAAGCUGCUGUUUAAUCCAAGUGGUCCUUAUCAGAAAAGUGCUGUUCACGACAAACUAUAA